GGGCCCUCUUUCGUUCUUGAGGUACCUGCCCACUUGCCCAUCCACCCGGUUUUUCAUGCUUCCAAGCUCACCCCUUUCGUUUCGGCGGAGCGAAACGACUUCCCCGGCCAACGAUCACAAGACCUUCCCUCCAUGGAUGGCUUUCAAGAGGCUGGCAACAUCAUCCGGCAUCGGCAGUACAACAAGAAGCCGAAGGAGUACUUAGUCCAUUUCUCCUACCGCAGCCACAAGGCAGACCUUACCUGUAUAGAGCUUCAGGCCACUGCACCGGAUGUCCUCGCCCUAUACGAGAAGCAACAGCAAAUGCAAGCGAUAUCCUCGGCUCAGCCCACCCGUCCCAACCGGAAUCAGCGGCCUGCAUCAGAAGGCCACCGUCUUCGCUGGUCAGUACUUGGGAGCAUCAUCAGCAUCAGGUUCUAUGUCCGCUCAAGAGAAGCUAAGGUUCCGCGAGGCAACUUCAUGAUUUAUGCUGUGAGAAGCAGAUGACUAUUCUUUUCAGGCCCCUCUGAAUUCUUUGCUUCAUUUGUUAAGUACCUGUUGACCAGUAGUCCAAGUAUUUUGUUUGGGUCAUCUCGACAUUUUCCCAAACCAUUUACUUCGGCAGAAGGUCACAGGAUGAUGCUGGGGUUGGGUUGUGAGUACGGCCCAGAGUCCCAGAGUAAGAAAACGUGAAUGUACUAUGUAGUAAAGCUUACCGGCUCACUUCACGAUGGGUGUAUUGGUUAAGGCCUCACAUCUCCACGGCAGAGGCUCAAGCGAUUCCAGACAUUCAUACAGCUGCUGCAGCAAAUCUGGUUCAGACGGCUUGGCCUGGUUCCCUCAAUGUGCUGGCGCACACAACUUUUGGCAUCAUUUUACAAGUGAAGACGUGGUGGUACUGAUCUUGUAGCGAAUAGGCCUCUUGCCAAACACAUCAGGGAAACCAUCCCAAUAGCAUUGCACUGACUCGUGCUUUCUCAAGGAUUCUGAUGUUCAGCUACAUAUCAGAUCCCUAGUGACCGUCUUUCCUCAAAUAGAACGUGUACGCCGUACGGUAAUUAUCCCUGUAUCUAGGUUGAAAGUUGCCCCAGAUACAAGAAUAAUGACCAUACGUUUCUAUUAUCAGGGGAAGGCGGCAGGUUCAAACAAGCACUGCAAUUCCAGGGGAUGCCCUUUCUUGUCGAGCUUGGCUCUUCACGUCAAGUUCUCUUCUAUACUUAUCUUCAACGUGGGCUGUGGUACUGAGUACGCAGGAUACUUCUGAUUGUGGACUUUUUGGUCAUUGCAUUUGCUUAUCUGACAAAUUGAAUGCACGGCCAUGGUUCAGUGCACAGCUGCCUGCUGUGAAUUCACUGGCUGGCACGGCAGUUACGAGUUAUAGGCAAAGCGGACAGGCUGCGUGAGGGGUCCACAUAAGGUGUGGUUGUGGCUGCAAAGGCUGAUUAUCAGAACUUGGCAUGCACAUUGAUAAGCACAUGGGCAUGAUUGUGUUUCUUCUGGAGUUCCCGUGCGGCACAGAUUCAAAUUGUCUUUUCUUUUGGUUGCUGCCUGCUUUCUGCCACAGCGAUCAAAACGAGGCCCGUGAAGCUAAUUUGCGGCCUGAGUUCGCUGGCUCCAGUACCCAGACAUGAAAAAAGGGGGGGNGGGGGGGGGGGGAGGGCAGAGAAAUAGGUGGCAUUCCAAGGGACCUUCCAGUCGGGAGCAUCCUGAGGCCCACAAAUAUGCAGCAGAGAAGCAGUAAAGGGCAGCAUUUUGAAGACCUUUGAAGUUGUCGGCAGCUAAAGCAAAGGCAGCAUUUCAAAGGUCCUUCAAGUUGGCGGCAUUUUGAAGGGACAAGGAGGUAACAGAGAGCAGUGAAGUUCACCUAGGGACACAUUGAAGGAAGAGGGUCACAAAAAGCUGAGCUGGUGUAUAGACACAAAUAACGAAGUAGACGACGGUGACCACCAUGUGCCAUAGAUUGGCAACAAGUACCAUUUCCUGGGUGUUGCCUUGCACGCAAUGGGGUUUCCUGGGUGUUGCCUUGUACGCAAUGGGGCUGAAAACGCAAUCUGGAAUGCCGGUCAUCUGCAUUAGUAGCUCUUUUGCAUCUGUGAGACUGUGAGAUUACCAACCACAGCGCUUCUCCUUUUUGUCUCCUUCUCCUCCUCUUUAUCCUCCUCCUCCUCCUCCUCCUGCUGCUGCUGCUGCCACUGCCGCUGCUAACUGUGCAAUUGGAGGCUGUCAUCCAGUCGUUGUCAUGCUCUUAGCAUCUCAAGGGAUUUGGAGUAUGGUUUUUGAACAGUUCUCAUUUCUAUAAACUGGUGCAAAGCUGCAAAGAUCUCCCCCGUUUGAGGACUGACUAUUCGGUAGCAGGCCUUGGCACAGGUUGUUCUUGCAGAAGUGAUCUGAAUGCGGUUUUCGGAUUGAACUGAUGUUAAAGCUGUUUGACGG